GAGGAUGUUACUCUCAGUCUUGACUGGCUAAUAAAGUUACACCAUUACACAGUUAAUUCGCGUUUAUUGUUAUAUUUACAAAAUACCACCGUUUUUGUCGUAUCAUGUUAUUUUGUUGCAUUUAUCCGCCACACCGUGAAAAUACUGUCUGACGUUAAACCGGCCAGUGGAGCAGCGAAGGUUGGGGACCGCUGCUCUACAGCCGUAAUCAAUCCCGGCCCUUUCAGUUGUAAUGAGGCUUGCUGUUUACGCUUCAGUGCCAGGCAGUCAGCAACAAGGUGAUCCUUUAAUAACAGUAUUCACCAUCAUGUGGACGUGAGGGGGUCUCACGACCAGACUCAAGCCUCGCACGGCGCAACUCGACAUUAACGUCACCUUGUGUUCAUUUACGAACAUUAUUCAUCUCUCGGGUAAGGAUGCUUAAAAUCCUCCAAUAGCAUUAGCUCACGAGGUGACUCAUAAUCAUCAUUAACUGUCUAAUUAGUGGCCUGAGCUGUAAAGCAGGGCUGGGAGAGCUGCGUUCACAUGUUGGCGCCAUACUCUGCGCCCUUCUCUAAACAAACGCUUCUUAUAGCAAAGACACUGUCCUUCAUUUCAGCUAAACUUCCACUCGAAGACGUUCAAACGAUGCCUGGAGCGCAAAAGACCGCAGUACUGCCAGGUGGGCGUGUCUCAGUAGCUAUGCCAUGAAAACUACACAGAAAAGCCGCACGUGAAGUCAACGCGAAGCAUGCGCAUGCGCCACGGCCAAAGGCGCUGAACGUUCGAACCGACGUCACGUCAGGUCCCCUGAUGGUCAAAAGUACACAACUAUCCAGAUCUAGUGUGAGGACGGAGAGUGAAAGAUUGGAAAAAGUGAUCAUUUGUGCAAAGCUGUCGCCAAAACGUGAAUUCACGGACGAGAUUGUGGAAACAUGAACGUGAUCCCAUUAGAUGAACGUGCUGAACCGAGGUGCAGUCAUCUCAGCGUGCCUCUGUUUAGAUUUGGAGACAUUGAACGAUGCCUCAGAAACUAUUUAGACGAUUUAUCGCUCAGACAGUGGACGGCAUUAGCCACCGAUGACGUCUCCUCGGAUGUCGUCGAUCUGCUGAGCGAGAUGUGCCGAGCACUCAUAGGGCACAUUAGCACCGUAGUGUAUAAAGUCAUACGCCGACAGGUUUCAUGCUGCCCACAUCGCCAUGAUCGUGGAGACAAAGAAAGCUCCGCUGACCGGAUGAAGGUUGAACCUCUGCUUGAUGGGUGCAGUGACUGCAGGGUGACAGAGGAUGAUAUUCAGGCCAGCCUCAGAAACAUCUUUCAUUACUGCUUCGGUUGGGUCUUGGGUUUUGGGCAACGGCGGUCUUGUGACUCAGACAAACUACUGACUUUAUUUUCAGUGUCGAUUGCAAAGAACGUAAACUCAGCCCUGAGUCGUAUCACAGGGUCCACGUCCUUGCAGUCAGAUAGAUCCACAUCCCCAACAAACUUUGUUGGGAUGGUUCACAGUGUAGCGAACAUUUUAAAGGACUUUACAAAGACCUUAGCUCCCCCUUUUGUAGAUGGUGAGAGUCACAGCUACAGCAUUGUUGACUCGCCAAACUCUGAGGAAGAUGACGACUUUAAACCAGAGUCUGCAGAGACUUUUAAAAGCACACAGACUCCAGCUUGUGUAGAUCUUUGA